GAAAGUAUCGCACGAUCGGAUAUCGGAUUCCCUCUCGAAUCGAAUCGACGCCUUGAAUUCGAUUCGAUAUAUGUGUAUUUCUGGAAAUUGGUCGCCUAUUUGCACGGUGAAACCAACGGCUGGUAAUGGGAUUUCAUUCGAAUUUCCCUAGGUUGGUUCGUGCGAUCAGAUUCGUCCGGAAUGGACGAGAAAAUCGACAAUUAGGGAAAUGCGUGGAUACGAUUCAACUUCAGCGUUGCACCGCCGCGAGCAGGAUGAAUCGCGAGGGUUCGAAACGGACGGUUGAAACAGUUUUGAUUCUUUCUUACCAUCCCGGUCGUCGACCGAUGAAUCGAAUUCACGAGAACGACACGUUGACGGCGAACAAGGAUCAGGAAAACUUAUUCGGCGCAAUACGGAAUGCUGUUUUGGUAUUGACAAGGAUUCUCGUGAUAGGAUCUGUUGUUAUUGGAUUGGCUGCCGCGUAUUUUAUCACACGUUUCACACGCUGUCACGUAUUCCCGAGUAUUCUUUUGAAAGUAACUGUAAAAAGAAGACAGGAAUGGACCGUUUCGACUAAUUCGGUAGUUCUGGUGUUACUGGAACUAGUGAACUGGAACUACUACACGAAUCUAACCGAACUUCCGUGAAAACUUUCGUUCACGCGGUGAUCGUUACCAAUUGCAGGCAUCGAAUUUCUCGGGCCGAUUUUUAUAAAGUUCGGCCAAUGGGCAUCCACGCGCAAAGAUAUAUUCCCCGAGGAUAUCUGUUGCACGCUCUCGCGCCUGCAGCGUACCGCUUCGUCGCAUUCCUGGUUUUACACGAAGCAGUUGCUGAAAUCGAUUUACGGCUCGAGCUGGAGGAAGAUAUUCGUGAAAUUUGAUAAUAAGGAAGCGCCUAUCGGAUCCGGAUGUUGCGCACAGAUGGAAUGAUGAACGACCGCGGAGAGGGCGGAAUUCGGGAAGAGGAUCCGCGAUGCUCGAGGCUGGAACCGGUGGCGAUCAAAAUAUUGCAUCCCGGAAUCAAGGAGCAAUUGAGGAGAGAUCUGUCUAUAAUGAGGGGCGUCUGCAAAUGCGUAACGUACGUUGUCCCGGAAUUAUACUGGCUCAGCCUAACUGACUGCAUCGACGAGUUCUCACGGAUAAUGGAGAAUCAAGUCGACAUGAAUCGGGAAGCCGGUAACCUAAUGAAAUUUUCGAGAAACUUCUCCGGCAAGAAGGACGUCGUUUUCCCGCAACCGUACGUGAAUUUCACGCAGCGCGAGAUACUCGUGGAAAGCUUUCACGAGGGCUCCACCAUUCUGGACUUCGUCGGUUACGAAGAUGACAAGCUACAGGAGAAACUGGCGAAGAUCGGAAUCAAGAUGAUGCUGAAGAUGGUGUUCCGAGACAAUUUCAUUCAUUGCGACCUACAUCCCGGCAACAUCUUGGUCGAGACGAAGCGCGAAUCGAUCGGAGGAAUGCGAGCUUGGCUUUGGAGGUUUAUCGAUCGCGAUCACCGGACAAUUUACCCACGUCUGAUCAUACUCGAUUGCGGAUUGGUUGUGUCAUUGGACGACCGAUGUCAGCGGAAUCUUAAAGACGUGUUUCGCUCGGUGCUAAUGGGCAACGGUGAACUGGCAGCGGAGCACAUCCUCGAGCACAGCUCGCAUACGUGUCCCGAUCCCGACGGUUUCAAGAACACGCUGCGUGGCAUCGUCGACGAUCACCUGCGCAACAGAACCGACAUGAACGUGACCACGAUCGUCAGUGAAUUAUUUUCCGCGAUGGUUCGGCACAGAGUGAAGCAGGACGGUUCGUUCAGCAGCGUGAUCCUCAGUAUGGCGAUGAUCGAGGGCCUCGGCCGUAACUUGUACCCGAACAUCGACAUCUUCACGGAGGUUUUACCGUUCCUUUUCACCUGAUCGAGACGAUAUUACGUGUUAUCGAAUGUGAUCUGAUCGGAUCCGAUGUACACGCGACAGCUGUAAGAAAGAAGCUCCAAAGGAAACGCGACGUUCUCUCUUGACAGGGAACCGUUCGGGACGAAAGAGGAGUUCCCUCUAUCCUUCAACGAUUCGCCGGUUUCAGGAAGUACGUUCGGCCGGUCGGUGUUGCGCGAGAAAAUUCCUGGUUUAAUGGCACAGCGUUAAACGAGUUCCAAGGAGGAUUCCAAUUUUAAAACAGACCACAGAAACGUGUUAUCGCCGCGGACAGAAUUCCGGCGAGCGACCAGUUAUCCGUGAUCGUUUCCUGGUUGGUCAACGUUGCCCGAUCAUCUUCGGUGUGCCGGCUACGCGCGUCGGGCCGCAGGUGUGUGCGUGACUUGUACGGGCGUGUUUUCUGGCUGCGUUCACUUUACUCUCGUAAAGGUAUGCCACGUGUGCCCCGUGUGCCACGUGUAUCACGUGUAUCACGCGUACCCGACAACCGGCGGGUCGAGUUCGCCCUUUGUCAAGCGAGAAGAACUCUCGGGAAACAUCGGAAUCGAACAUUUCUCGAGGUCCGAUCGUUAACUCGACCGUAACGUUCGCAAUCGAUUCGAUGAACGUAAGGCUACCAUUUCAGCGAGCUCGAAGGAUGAUUAUUAUUCGACGCGAGUCCGUUGUACAGAAACCAGGAAGAUGCUCGCACCGACGUAAGGUUACCGAGAAGAAAAGUCACACGGAGAACGCGUCGGCUGGGCGAUAAUUGAUAGCGACGAUGCGCCGAGUGUGCGUAUCGCUUCUCCUAAAUUCGUUCGCCGCGCUGGAAGAAGCAGAACUAGAAUCAGAACCAGAAUCAGAACCAACGGCAAAGGCAAAACCGGAACCAGAACCAGAAGCGCGGUCGGAACCGUGAUCUUGACCGCCAUCUCACGACCGUAUCGUAUGUUCGUUCUCGCUCCUCGGAUCCCCACUCGAUGUCAAACUACUCCCCUCCGAGCCGAAGAGGUUCGGUCGCGGUGUUCAGAGUCCGGCGACGUGAACGGGAGGCGCGAGAGGGGAACGGCGGCGCAUGUAAACAGAGGACAGCUAACAGGACAGAUAAUAAAGUUCGUCUCCGAGAGUGGUGGUGGACGACCGGAGACGGACCGGGCCCUUGACGUUCGUUCCGGACACUUCUUUCAGCUCCCGGUCGAUACUCGAGGCGGACCGAUCGCGAAAGCUCGCUCGGCGUUCGGACGGACGGCUGUCGGUCCUCGAUCGGGCCGAAAUCGAUUCACCGACAGCUGAACAACAGACCGAUUAACGGCAAUCAACGUUCGUCUCGUACCGUUCCGUUUCCAGCACCUCAUCUCGCCUCGUUCCGCUCCUGUCCGGGAUUCGUCUCGCCACUGUUCUUGCCUCCCGAAUGUAGUCGCCGCAGUUGCGAGUUUCUCGGCGACGUCGAUUUUCAUCGGUACUAUUUGUUAGAAUUUCCUAAUGAAAUCAACGUUGAACGUUCGACUCGUAUUCUUUUGUUAUGUUGUCCCCGCGCUCCUCCGCGUUCUUUGGUAUUCCAACUCGUUACAGUCGAAUUUCUCUUAUCGGUUACGGUUGGAUCUACUGCCUGCGCU